AAAGGAGAAACCAACCCCCAUAGAAAGAGAGAGAGGGAUUAGAGAGGCAGAAGGAAAUUAAGGAUAACCAACGGACAGGACACCCAGAGGACAGAAGAAGAGAGAAAAGAGGGAGAGGGAGAGAGGGAAAGGAGGAAAGGCAUGGAAGAGUGCAGGCCUUUGGCGUUCUUGAUAGGCUUGCCGUUCGCCGUCCUCUCGUUGGCCAUUUCCAUCGUCGGGGUCGCCGUUUGGCUGGUCGGGUCGGUGCUGAGCUGCGUGUGCCCGUGCUGCUGCUGCUGCGCGGCCGUGGCCAAUCUGGCGAUGGAUCUCAUACAGCUGCCCUUCACGGUGAUACGGUGCUUCGUCGAUCAGAUUCCCUGUUAACGGCUCUUUCUGGAGUCGCCUAUGUUCAUACGUGUGAGAUCGAUAUGGAAAGUGCUGGCCUUCAAAAGUGGUGUUGUUGCAUGGCAAUGAGCUGAUUACGUCGACACUCGGAUUAUAGAAUAUGUGAGAAGCAGUGAUGGAUGCCGCCGGUUGUGCAAUCUA